AUGUAUGUUACAAAGAAAGAAAAAUGUAAAUGUAGUGAAAAUACCAAUGGACGAUGGAUCAACCAAGACCACCAUAGUGAGAAAUCGUGUGCAUCUGGUCAAUCUCUCCAAUACAAAAUCUCUGGAUGUGAAAAAGAACAUAUUUUAAUCGCUAUUAGCUCUGCUGGGUUACAAGAUGCCAUGAAAGUGAAUGUUCGAAAUGGAAAUGUAAAUUACACCGUGAGUCAAUAUACUCCUUAUAAUGACUACAUAAUAUGCAAUAGCACUCCAAUCGAAUUAGAAAUAAUUUCCAACAAUUAUUUUUUUUCGGGAGAUUAUAUUGUCGACAUUCGAGAUGCUGACAAUAGAGAUGAAGAAAACAAUGGUUCCGUUAAUGAACAUAACUCUUUCGAGGUAGAAACAUCCUCAUCUGUUGCAUCGACUGAAAUCAAUGAAAGCAAUACCCUUAGACUGAUGUUUAAAGAUACUAAUGGACGAUGGAUCAACCAAGGCCGCCAUAGCGAGAAAUCAUGUUCAUCUGGUCAAUCUCUCCAAUACAAAAUCUCUGGAUGUGAAAAAUUAUCACAAAAUUCCAAUGUCGAAUUCCACAUAUCUUCUAGUGGUUAUCAAGAGGCAAUGAAAGUUAGAAUAAAUAGUGAUCAACAUAAAAACCGUACUAUAGAGUCAAUUUACACACCACAUACCUUCGUAGUUGAGUGUGAGGCGAAUCUAGAAAUACAAAAUAACAAUUAUUUCUUACCUGGUGACUACAUAGUUGAUAUCAAAACCGUCGGAUCUACACAUAAAUCGAUAGGAACGAAAUUACAAACAACUACUACAGCCAAAAAAAUAAUAAAACCUACAGCCAGAAUAACAGAGCCACCUAACAAUAAUACUUGUAAAUAUGCCACCACUAGAACGCCUAUGGCCGAGUACCAUGAAUUUGAUAAAUCGAAAAGCCAAGUAGAGUAUACACACAUAUAUAGUUUCGCUAAUGCUGUAAAUUGCACUUCGAGAGUCCAAACUAAUUAUCUACAACUUUGGUGGGGUGCAAAGUCUGUGGAAGAUAUAAGAGGCAUGGAUACAUCCGAUUUCGGUGAAAGUCAUAAAUUGGUUUUUAUUCCAGGUGCAAAUAUUAAUAGUUAUGUUGCCAUUCCACCUCUAUAUGAAAAACUUCUAUGUGAAAGAUUAGAUAAGUUGUGGAAAUCGAUCAGAAGCCAAUCUAUACGUUACACUGAGCUACAGAAACUUAUUGAUAAUGCUCAAUUGCAUUAUCACGAAUUACAUAAGAUACUUCAACAUCUCGAAGCUAAUUUAUGUUCACCAAUCAUAAAAGAAAUGCAAUCAUUGCAGCAACAUAUCGAACUAAAUAUCAAAGAAAGUCAACUAUUAUUUAAUAUAAUAUUAUAUUUACAUCGUCCACCAUCAUCAACAUAUAAUGAAUAUAAUAACGAUCAAAAUAUUAAAUCAGACGACACCGACAAUUACUCAAUCAAGACAAUAACUCAUACAGCAGUCAACUCUAACUAUUUACAUGAUUUUAUACAUACAAAUAGUAACACAAUAUAUUAUGUUAAUAGUGAAGCAGUAGAAGAUUUGUUAGAGAAAUACUUUAACGAAUAUGCUCGAAACGUACACAAAGACGAUUAUUUGGAUGACAACGACAACAGAACAGACAUUUUUAGAAUAGAUGAAGCAAAAUUAUUUUCCGCACUUUCGUAUAUCCAACAUGCAGCUUCCAUCGAUACAAUUAUUGAUAAUAAGAGUGUUCUUUUGAAUUCAUUCGGAAAGCAAAAUGAAAGCGAAAGCGACAGUGACGAUGAGGAGGAUGAAGAAGAAGAAGAAGAGGAGGAGGACGAAGAAAUGGAAGAAGAGGAAGCUGAGGUUGAACGCUAUGACAGUUCCUCAAUGUUAGUUUUCACCUCUACUGACACACUUAGACUAAGUCGUUUCAACACAUUCACUCAAUCAUUUGAAUGCUCUGGUGAGGUGGAACAAGAAAAUGGAUUUAUUAUCUUUGGGUGUGCAUUCUCACCACGUGGAACACUCUAUAUUUUUUUGCGUAGUCAUUCAAAGACGCAAUUAAAAAUAUUUGAAGUAUGUCCAAUAAGUAAUAUGGUAAUAGCGAGUCAUAUCUUGGCAUCAUCACCGACACUUCAAGAUAGUAUUACAGCGUGGAUAACUUAUUGUUAUGACUUCAAUAAUGGAUAUUUAUAUAUAUGUACCAACAACAAUUUCUUUGUGUGUGAUUUAGAUCAUUCCAAUAAAUCAAAGAACAGAUCAACGAAAUUAUUUACCAUGCUUUCAUAUCCAACUUUCAAUGAUAGCCAAAAGGAACACUUACACAAAUUACCCUCAACCCCAAUGGUGUGUGACAAUGAAAACUCCAGAAUAAUACUUUUCGUCAAAGAUAGCACAUUUGUAUACGACACCUACAAGAAGAAAUGGAGUCAAUCCAAACGGAAACAGAUGUCGGAUAAUAUAAUUUAUCAUCCACAAUCAUUUACAUAUAGAAAAUCAGACAUAAUAGACAAGUACUGUAAUGUAGUUAAAGCAAAGUUGACUGAUAUCGAAAAGUCGCCAGCUAAAAACAAUGUUUAA